GAGGUUUUCAGAGGAAAUGUUUUUUCCAUUUUUAAAAACUGCCAUUUCCCAGCCCAACAUUUUUCAUUUCCAAGAGCGUAAAACAUCAGGAAACAGGUUUUCAGUGCUGAAAAAUCCCUCGUGUCCCUGAGCUGCCCAGGCCAACCUGGCAAGGAAAAUACCCCCAGGCGUUGGAAAUGGAAAAGGAAAUUAUAAGUCGAAAUGGGUCACCACUGUAACCAAUAGAACCACAAAAAGGCAUUUUCAUAACAAAAAAAGGACCUAAAACUGGAACAUUUUGGGGAAAAUCAACCUGUUUUCACACAAGUUCCGAGUUAAAGAAAAAAGUAGCAAAAUGUAAUUGAAAAACUUAUGGAUGAAAAACUUUGACCCACUCUAAAUCUGACUGUCAGUGGAGAGAAGAGAGGCAGACGAGUGCCUGGCCUCACUGGAAGCCUGGAGCCGUGUUGGCUUUUCAAAUAUUAAUUAGUCCUGUGCUCCAUUCGGAUUGUGUUUUACCAAAUGUCAACUCCUCCAGGUCCUCCUCAGCACCUGCCAUGGCACCGACUCGCUCAGUGGGUUGCCUGGGUUGUGAUCAUCGCUUUGCUGGCAGUUGUCAUAGCGCUGGGGAUUUGGGGACUCUCUGCUGGUCCUUCCACCAACCCCCUGUAACAUUGAUCGGUCGUCCUCACUCCCACUUAUGCUGCUUUGCAGUUUCCCACUUGGUAUCUGAGAAGGGACAGACCCCGGCAGCCCCUGGGAGCGACAGAGCCGGGAGCAGAGAUACAGCGACACCCCCUGGGAGCGACAGAGCCGGGAGCAGAGACCCCAGCACAGCAGAAUGCAGCACCUGCCUAGAGCGUUUCCGAUUCCAACUGUGCCACCCGACUCUACCCAGCCCAGCAGGGGGCUCCAGGUGCAAACUCUGCCCCACGGACUGGCGGCUGGACGGGAACAAGUGCUACUGGGUCUCCAGAGAAAAUAAAAUAUGGAGCGAGAGCCGCGCCGACUGCUCAGCGAGGGGCUCUCAGCUGCUGGUGAUCCGGGACCCCGAGGAGCUGGAGUUCAUAAAGGACCUGACACAAGGCACAUCUCUGUUCUGGAUCGGACUGUCCAUCCCUUCCCUGGAGAAGGCCUGGACCUGGGUGGACGGCUCCCAGCUGGAUCAGACCCAGUUCCCGGUGUCAGGCCCGGCUGAGGGGAACAGCUGUGGGGCGGUGAAGGGGAAUCAGAUUCAUUCUGACACCUGCAACUCUGCAUUUCAGUCAAUUUGCCAGCAAGAUGCCGUCCUGCUCUGAACAAGAUACAAAGGAGACCUCAGAGUGCGGCACUGUUAGCCCCAUGUCUCACCUGGGGAAACCGACACUGACCUGCCCAAGAUUACACAGAGUUGGUGGUAAAGUGGGAAAUGGAACCCAGGACCUCUGACUCCCAUUCCUCUAACCCACUAGCCCCUCCACCUCUCCCUCUCCCAGAGCUGGGAAUAGAACCCAGGCAUCCUGACUCCCAGUCCUACCUCAGCCUAGAGAAGAGCGAUUCCAGCAGGGGCUGGCUUCACAUAUUCCAGCAGGGGCUGGAGAGCGCUGCGGGGGCUGGGUUUAGGGCCGUAGAGUAUCAGGCUCUGCACAGCCAGAGGGAAAUUUAUCCCUCACCCCCAGGACCAGGAGAGAAGAGUCUGCCCUGGGUCAUGUAAAUCAGCAAAGAUCCAGUGUCCGAGCUGGGCCUAGUGACUCCAACCUCCUGGGGUCCCAGAGUUCAGACUCCUGCCGGAGCCUGAACAGCUGCACUGCAAUUAAACAGCCCCUUAGCCCAAGGCCACAUCAGCUGACCCAGGCCAGCCACAGGUGUCUAACUGCAGUGUAGGCACCCUUUGUGGUUCAGUUUCUCCAUCUGUGAAAUGGGGUAAUGAGACAGAAAAGCUCUAGAUCAGAGCUAGGGAUCAGCAGGGGUCAUUUGGGGCCCGAAGUAGGAACAUUACUCCCCCUCAAUACUACCACAAGUUCUUAUAAUAAAAAGUGAAUGGGGCCCCCUUGAGCUGCUCGGGCCCCUAGGCAAUUGCUUAGUCUGCUUAUGCCUAUUGCUGGCUAUCAUCACACAGAGAGUAAAGAUUUCUGUUGAACCGUGCAAAAGCUGAGUGUGUUUAUUGUUGAUGGGCCACAGAUCAGCUAGAACCCUGGCUUGGGAUUCAGGGCACCUGGGUUUAUUCCUGGAUCUGACCUGUUUUGUGACUUUUGACAAAUCACUUGCCCUCUCUGUGUCUGAGUUUCCUCUCCCAGCCUUUGUCAGUUUAAUUCAGGGAUCUCAAACACGCAGCAUGCAGCCCGCGAGGUUAUUUUCUGCGGCCCGUGAGCUCCUCGCGGCCC